AUGGAUCUGCGAUCGUUUGAUCUAGCCUCGACCGACAAUUACAACUCAAGAAUGUCUCUUACGGAGGAUGAACCACCUGGAGAUGCACGUGUAACGCCUAAUAUCAGCAACCCUCCACCACGCCUUGUACGCCGGCAUACCGAUAUCAUCCGUGAGAAUGCAAAUCGUCGCUCUCGUUUCUAUGAUCAAUCAUCAUCAUCAAAUACCCCCAAUCAAUUGCGAAACGCGUCGUCAUCAUCUUUGGCAUCCAACAGUAUCAACAGCUGGCGUCGUUUUUCGUCAUCUAUUGCUCGUUUUUGGACGCGAUCGGAUUAUGAGGAUAACGACGAUGUCAGCAGCGUCAAGAGCAUUGUAUCUACAACACCCUCCAUUCCACGUACCAAUAGUGAUUGUCGUAUUGAAGAUGAGAGUGAUCCCGAAAACUUGCUAUGCCCCAUUUGUACAGAUUUGUUGACAGAGGUAGUGGUAACCACAUGUGGCCACACUUUUUGUAAUCAGUGUAUUGCUCAACACAUGACACGUGCAUCCGAUUGCCCAAUGUGCCUCAACAAAGUGGUCGAGCAAUAUCGUGAAGAUAAACGACGACGCGAUCGAAGAAUCAGGACCUCCCAAGUGGAUACCAAACGCAAACGUGCGCGUGCUCUCAAUGAAAUCUUGAAGACGGUCCCGUAUAAAGAAAUCAUGGAAACCAUCACCCCACUCCUCGAGAAGAAGAAGCAAGAAGAAUUUGAUCAAAAGGUGGCCGAAGAUGUCUUAUUGGAGGCGUUUCUAGAGCAACUCAAGGAGAGGCACAAAAACAGCAUUGCCGACUUGGAAGCAAAGGUGCGUUUCAUUGAAGACGACCUGAAUCAAGUGCAAGGGAAACUUGGCGACAAUGCUGCAGUGGUCAGCAGCAGUGACAAGGAGGGCAUGUCAACAAGAACCAUUGGUGAUGAUAGCGAUGCAACGGUUGCAAAGACAAGUGUUACACCACAUCCAAAUGGGAAAAAGCGCAAAGUUCAGGAAAUGCUUGGUUUGAUCCCGCGUGAGGAUGAGAAUGAGGAUGAAGCCAAAGUCAAACGACAACGCAUCUAUGAUCGAUUCAAGGAUCUUCAAGACUUGUAUAUUGGUGACUCGUGUACAACGAUGGGUAGCACCGAAGCUCAACGCGACAACCUCAAGCACAUUUCGUCAUUGUUAUACCAAACAACGCGCUUCAGCACUUUUCGUGUACUGGAUACCAUGUUCCACAGCGACCAAUCCGCCAGCUCUUCCAUCAUAUCCUCGAUCGAAUUUGACAGGGAUGAUGAAUACUUUGCUAUUGGCGGCGUCUCUCGUGACAUCAAGAUCUUUGACUAUAGCAUGUUGGCUGACACCAUUGCUGCCAAUGACACUGUAUCGGAUACUGGAAACGAGUGGCCACGUGGUAACCGAUCAACACGAGGAACGGGAUUCAUUGGCGAUUUUCGACCCUCUCAGCUGGUUCAUUGCCCUGUACGCGUGAUCCCUGCAGGAAACAAACUAAGCUGCCUCUCAUGGAACAUGUACAUCAAGGCUCAUCUUGCAAGCUCAGACUAUGAAGGCACCAUUCGUCUUUGGGAUGCCAAUGAAGGAACGUGUAUUCGCAGCUUUUGUGAACAUGAGCGACGUGCUUGGAGUGUGGAUAUUUGCGCAGCCAAUCCUACCUAUCUUGCUUCAGGCAGCGAUGAUGCUAGUGUCAAGGUCUGGUCAACGACUAUGCGUCAAUCAGUGAUGACUUUACGCCAUGGUGGCAACGUGUGCUGUGCUAAAUUUGCUCCCAAUGUGGCAAACUAUCUUGCUGUUGGCACCGCAGAUCAUGUCGUCACCUACUACGAUUUACGUUUCGCAGCUGAGCCUGUACAUUAUUACCAAGGUCACAAGAAAGCGGUUUCGUACGUGAGAUGGUUGGAUGACAACACCAUUGUCUCCGCGUCUACUGAUAACAGCCUUCGUCGAUGGAACACGCUCACCAAUGAAAGUACCAUGUCGUAUACGGGUCAUAGCAACGAAAAGAACUUUGUGGGGCUCUCUGUGCAUGGUGAUUGGAUAUCUUGUGGCAGUGAGGAUAAUUGCGUCUACGCCUAUCACAAGGAUUGCAAGACACCAGUGGCAAGCUUCAAAUUCCCAUCAACCGCCAAUCCACUCGAGCCUUCUGUCGAUGAUGGAUACAGGGCGUUUGUUAGCUCAUCAUGUUGGAAGAGUGGCACAAACACGUUACUGGCAGCCAACAGCAAAGGUGUUAUCAAAGUACUUACAUUGGACAGAUAA